UGCACAGUAUUUUCAAAAUGGCGGUCGAAUUGAAGGUCGGGUUUCUCGGAGGGGGAAACAUGGCAAAGGCGAUAGCCAGAGGCUUUAUAACCUCUGAAAUGGUCAAGGCAGAAAACAUUAUUGCAAGUGCUACCACUACAAAAACGCUGGCUGUCUGGAAGGAUAUGGGUUGUCAAACAACACUGGACAACAAGGAGGUUGUUCAGUUUUCAGAUGUCGUCUUUUUAGCUGUAAAACCUCACCUAAUAGUUCCAGUUAUCGAAGAGGUUAUGUCAUCUAUUGACCCAUCCAAGCACCUUGUUGUUUCUGUGGCUACUGCUAUUACUACAGUGGUAAUUGAAGCGCAUUUAGCAUCGAGUACCCGGGUUAUUCGAGUGCAGCCAAAUUUGGCAUGUGCCCUGCAGUGUGGUGUCUCUGCUUUCUGUAAAGGAACUUGUGUACAAGCAAAGGAUGUAGAACUGGUGAAAAAACUUCUUCAAACAAGUGGUAUGUGUGUGGAGGUGAAGGAGUCCCAGAUGAACGCAGUCAGCUCUGUGAGCGGGUGUGGACUUGCAUUCUUGUUCCUCGCAAUAGAGGCCAUGAGUGAUGGCGGUGUCAGGGUUGGAUUGCCAAGAGCUUUAUCGACAGACUUGGCUACCCAGGCGUUUAUAGGUGCAGCUCGACUGGUACAAGAAACAGGAAAGCAUCCAGGCCAGGUAGGACAGUGUAUGUGAACACCUAUAAUUAAAGGUGCAGUUCUUCGGGAAAAUCCAAGAUAACAAAAAUGGGAUUUUGCGCUUUUUUGCUAAACAGAUUAAUCCAUGCUCACUCAGAUGGUAGUGCAUCAAAGGGAAGGAAGAAUCUUUGUCCUUUUACGGUUCCUUUGAUGCACCACUUGGAUUAAUCUAUUUAGCAAAUAAAGGCAAAAUCCCAAUCCCUUUUUAAGAUUUAAGAAUUCAAUCUUGGAUUUUCCCAAAGAAACGCACCCUUAGUGACUUUAUCG